UUAAUUUGUGAAUUUGAGCAAACAAGAGACAGACUGUGGUGAUGACGUCAUCUACAGACAAAUCUUGGAGCUGCUCCAUAAACAGUGAAUAAUAGAAACAACAGCUAGAACACUAUGAGUCGCAGCCAUGGUGAUUUUACUGGUGUUAAGGGCACAUUUAGUGAUUCACUCGCACUGGUGUAAAGUCUGUUCACUUAAAUGAAACUCGUUGGGAUGGAACAUCUCAAACAAAGAGCCCCUGAGUCCCAGAACACGAGUGGUUUCAGCCACUAGUUUGCCAAAUUAACUCUGUAAGAUGACAUCUGGAAAUAAAUAGAUGGGUAUAUGUGUAGAUAGGCACUGACUGCACCAUCCAGAGGCAGUGCUUUGUCAGGAUGGUUUUUGUCUCUAACUUUUCACCUUAAGGCCAAAGAUUUUAACUACUUGAAUAGUCAUGUCCUUGUCCAGGUAAUCAGUAGAAAAACGGUUUCAUUUGUUGACAGAACAAUCUCACCACAAGGUCCAUUUAGUAGCUGUUUUCAAUCUUAUGAUGUGGUUUUUAUUUGUGGAUAGUGUUUUCUCAGUUGUUGUGAAACUGUAGAUGGUUAAAGCCCAUUUUUCUGAGCUCUUUUAAGGACUUCUCAUCCAUGCUGGCUGAAGAGGUGAGAUUAAAGUUCUUUCAUGAAGUAUUUGACCAAACAAUCUCACCACAAGGUCCAUGAAGUAGCUGUUUUGGAGCCUAAGUGUGUGUGAUGCUAAAUCAAGAAUGAACUUUCAAUCUCAACGAUUUCAUGUUUUGCUUUACUGUACUUCUUCUCAUGAUGUUAUUCCCCAUUGUUGCAAAUGGAUUCCCUACCUGAGUAACCACAGCCCAGCCUCCUGCUGAACGUGACAACAGCCAGCAGUGUACAUCCCAAAAUGUCCCGAGCAUCACUGACAAGCCAGUUUUAAGUAAAACCUGGUCACUCAGUAGGGAUGUUGGCUGCCGUGGAACAUGGUCCCAUCCUCUGCAGCGACUCCAACAUCCUCUGCCUCUCAUGGAAAGGCCGGGUCCCCAAGAGCGAGAAGGACAAACCGGUCUGUCGGAGACGGUACUAUGAGGAGGGCUGGCUCGCUACGGGGAACGGGAGAGGAGUUGUUGGGGUGACGUUUACAUCAAGUCACUGCAGGAGGGACAGAAGUACACCUCAAAGAAUUAAUUUUAACCUGCGAGGACACAACAGCGAGGUUGUCUUGGUGCGUUGGAAUGAGCCCUUUCAGAAGCUGGCCACCUGUGAUAUGGAGGGAGGUAUUUUUGUGUGGAUCCAGUACGAAGGAAGAUGGUCUGUGGAGUUGGUGAACGACAGAGGAGCACAGGUGAGUGACUUCACGUGGUCACAUGAUGGCACUCAAGCCCUCAUCGCCUACAGGGAUGGCUUCGUGUUAGUCGGCUCGGUUAGCGGACAAAGACACUGGUCCUCUGAGAUUAACCUGGAGAGUCAAAUCACCUGUGGCAUCUGGACACCUGAUGAUCAGCAGGUCUUGUUCGGUACAGCAGACGGUCAGGUGAUAGUGAUGGACUGUCAUGGACGGAUGCUCGCCCAUGUUCUGCUACACGAGUCUGAUGGGAUCGUGAGCAUGUCGUGGAACUGCCCCGAUUUCCUGGUCGAGGACAGCACAGAAAGCGACACAGACUCUGAUGAUAAUAUUCUGCCUUUAGUGCGGAGAGUGAAGCCUUUGUUGACAGUCACCUUCUUAUCAGGAGAUAUCAGUUUAAUGAACAACUAUGAUGACCUCUCUCCUGCUAUAAUUCGCUCAGGGCUGAAAGAUGUUGAGGCCCAGUGGUGCUCCCAGGGAGAUCUGUUGGCUGUGGCCGGCAUGGAGAGACACGGACUUCCUGCUGACGCUGCAUGUGCGUCCAUCAUGAGGAACGCCCUUGUUAAGUUCUAUAAUGUCCAAGGAGAGCACAUCUACACUUUGGAAACACCUGCACAGAGGCCCAUCACCACCAUCUGUUGGGGUCACAGGGACUCUCGUCUGUUCCUUGCAUGUGGACCGGCACUGUACGUGGUGCGUGUGGAGCACAGGGUGGCCAGCCUCCAGCUCUUAUGCCAGCAGGGCAUCGCCAGCGCCCUACGAGAGGAGAAGGAUGUGGGGAAACUGAACAUGCCCUCGCUGCUCUGCUCUUAUGUCACCACUGCUUUCAUCCCCACCAUCAAGCCCCCAAUCCCUGACCCCAACAACAUCCGUGACUUUGUCAGCUAUCCCACAGCUGGGAAUGAGAGGCUCCACUGCACCAUGAAGCGAGCAGAGGACAGCCCUGAAGCAGGCGGACCCUGCUACACUCUCUACCUAGAAUAUUUAGGAGGGCUGGUGCCUAUUCUCAAAGGAAGGCGCAUCAGCAAACUACGGCCUGAGUUUGUCAUUAUGGAUCCAAAAACAGACAGUAAAGCAGAGGAGGUGUGUGUGAAUCCCAUGAUCUCAUACACUGACAGCUGCAACUGCUCUGACUCCAGUGACAUUGAGUUGAGCGAUGAGUGGGUUGGGAAGAAGUCACCAAAGUUAUCCCGAGGAAACAGGAUGAACAUGGAAUCGAGAAAAUCUCCCAAACUAUCACGCGCCAAUCAGGAAGGCCAGCGGUCGCCGCGGUUACCAACAAAGAAGCCUCCAGUUCGAUCUCCCAGUCUGACACGUCGAGAGUUUUCUAUGGAUGGAAUCACAGAGCACAAUUACCUUGCUCAAGUCACAUCCAACAUCUGGGGGACAAAGUUCAAAAUUGUUGGACUUGCUUCGUUCCUCCCUGCAAAUCUUGGUGCAGUCAUCUAUAAGACCAGUUUACUUCAUCUGCAGCCGAGGCAGAUGACAAUCUACCUUCCAGAAGUGCGAAAGAUUUCUCACGACUUCAUGAGCCUGCCUGUGUUCAACCCCAAUGUGUUCAGUGAGGACGAGGAUGACUUACCAGUGAUGGGGCCGUCUGGAGUGGCAGGAGACAAUCCUCCCUGCACAGUCAACAUUCCCAUUGCUCCCAUCCACAGCCCAGCUCAGGCCAUGUCUCCAACUCAGAGUAUUGGCCUGGUUCAGUCUCUUCUGGCCAAUCAGAAUAUUCAACUCGAUGUCCUGACCAACCCUACAGCCACAGCAGCGGCAGCAGCUGCAGCAGCAGCAGCCUCGGUUCCUGUCACCGACCGUGGCCAGGAUGCAGUUGCAACGCCGUACCCUGUACCAACUAGAUACUCGAACCCUGGUCAGGUGAUUUUCAAUGGGCUGGAGAUGGGUCCUCUUCUUCCUGGCACUCUACCGCCUCCUCCUCCACCUCACCAUCUCCCACCGCAGCCUCACCCGCAGAGGUCUCAUUCACAGCAGCCUCGCCAGCAACAGUCAAAACAGUCACAACAAAUGCAGACACAGCAGCAGCAGCAGCAACAGAAAAUGCAUCAUCAUCAACAGCAGCAGCAGCAGCAGCAGCAGCAUCAUCAUCAGUCGCAGCAGCAGCAGCAACAGCAGCAGCAGCAGCAGCAGCAUCAUCAUCAGUCGCAGCAGCAACAGCAACAGCAAUUACAGCAACAACAUCAACAGCUACAGCAACUGCAUCACCAACAGACGCUACAUCAACAGCAGCAACAACACCAACAGCACCAGGUUCAGCAGCACCAACAAAUGCAACAAGCUCAACAGCAGGUGGCGAACCAUCAGCUUCAGCACCAACAGCAGAUCCAACAGCAGCAGCAACAGAUGCAGCUGCAGCACGAGCAGAUGCAGCAACAGCAGCAGCAGAUGCAACAACAGCAGCAGCAAAUCCGGCAACAGAUCCAGGAGAUGAGGCAGCAGCAGCAGCAGCUCCAGCAGCAGCACCAACAGAUCCAGCAGCAACAUCAACAGAUGCAGAGGCAGCACCAGCAAAUGCAGCAGCAGCUGAAGAUGCAGAUGUCGCUGCCUCCUCCUCCAUCCGGCUAUCCAACCAUUUCCUUACAACAGCUUCAUCUUCUGCCUCAAAUUCCUCCUCCUUCCACUGAGCCUGGGUUAGACAGGGGCGAGCAUGGUCACACUCUGAAGCCAAGUCUGCCGCGGACUUUACCCCCCUCCUUCAAUGACACAGAUGGGUCUGUGGAGAUUCAGAUGAGGAAGGUAAAUCCUCCUCCUCCAUAUCCAGGCACUGUAGUGUCAGCAGCCGCAGCUGCAGCUGCAGCUACAGCCGCCGCUACGCCUCAGACUCUUGUCACAAACUGUGACAGCCCAAGUGUCCUGGCACCUGACCCCUGUCUGAAGAAGGAUGACUUUCUGCUUCACCCUGUCACCCUACAGUACCCGACACCUCUGGGGUACGAAAGGAUCACAACGUUUGACAGCAGUGGCAAUGUAGAGGAGGUCUGUCGGCCGCGCAGGCGCCUCAUUCGCAACCAAAAUGCGUACACCGUGCAUGGCAUCGGAGGCUCGGCCACACUCAAAGUCACCUCCUCUGACAGCAAAAAAAUUCAGCUGCCGUACAGCUCAGCAACAUUGAGCCGUCUCUCCGUCCCUCGAUACUCAAUACCAAGUGGAGACCCUCCUCCUUACCCUGAUCCGGCCAAUCAAGUAACUGCCACACUUCCCCCUCCCCAGAGAAUCGACAGCAGUCUGAUCCAUGCCACUCUACGUCGUGACCGCAGGGACGUGGGGCUUAAAGUGCCACAGAUGAUGGAAAGCUCACGAACCCUUCCCACCAAGGCCAAAAUAAACAGUGCAUUAGCUCUUACCUACCAGCAGAGGGUGCCCACUGCGUUGUACACAUGCACACAGUGCAGCAGUAACAGCAGCAGCACCAGUGUCAGUGUCAGUGGAGGUGGGACCACGAGUAGUGGUAUUGCAGGCGGCACGGUGGUGAGGCAGGACUUCCCACCAGGAAAAGGUGCACAUCACAGUACAAUUAUUGUGCACUCCAAAAGUGCCUCACCCAUGGCCUCCCAGUCAUCUUACAGUCUGUUGGGUGCUGUUGAUAACAGCCGGGACAGAACAGUGUACGUUAACUCUGCUUUUACUGAAGAUGAGACUUUAAAUCAGCAGUGUCACCUUGAAAAAUCUGUACGUCAGCUGACUCUCGGCGAUGUCAGUCUGACAGUUAAACGCCCUCCGCCUUACCAGUGGGACACCUCCACUACAGAGGAGUUCUGGCUCACCCCGGAGCAAACAAUGUUGGCACCUCCACCAGGACCUCAUAAACCACCUCCACUCAUCAUCAGUCAAGCUCAGCACUUGGACAUGACCCGGCUUCCUUUUGUUCUCACGACUAAACCACCAGCCAGUCCCAGCACGAGCACUCUUACUUUCCCAUCAGGUUACCAGAUAUCGCUCUCACCUUUUCCUCCAGGUGUGGGUCACAGUGGACCCCAGCUUCAGACCUUACAGAACCCUCCUCCACAAUGCUCUCCAAACGAAGUGGUGGCUUCAGUCCCUUUCGCUCAGCAGGAUGCCAAUUUGGUCUUGCCACCAGGUUACCCACCGAAUCUCGCUAACCUGGCUUGCUGUCCUCUCCCUCCAAUGUAUCCUGGAGCCAGCUCAUGUGCCGGACUCCAGCUGCACCCCGUCAGCCUUCACCCCUGGAACCCUUACCCCUGCCCGCCACCCAUGCAGGACCCUCCAGCACCUCCCCUCCCUACCAAAACUCAUCAGAUCUUAGAGAAGCCAAUUCUCUCCCCGCCUCCCCCAACUGCACCACCUCCACCACCCCCACUCCCACCUCCACCUCCACCUACUGAGCUCCCGCCAUCCAAAAGUGCCACGGAGGAUCUAACAGAGUCUGCUAACAACUUUCCAGAGCCAUCAUCCCUGAAUGAGAGCCCCGUGCCGCAGGAGUCUGAGCGCUUCAACAAGAAGAGCCGUAAAAGACUUGACAGCCGAGCAGAAGAGGCCAACAUGCCCACCGUUUCUGAGGGCAAGUCCAGAAAGGAAGGACGAGCGCUCUCUGACUUCAACACGCUCAUUUCCAGCCCGAGGCUUGGCAGCAGAGAGAAGAAGAAGCCCAAGGGGCAGAGAGAGCAACUCAAUAAAACCAAGAAGAUGAGCAGGACCACAAAUGAGUUCCAGGACAGCUCAGAGAGUGAGCCAGAGCUGUUUAUUAGUGGCGAUGAGCUCAUGAACCAGAACCAGAGCAGCAAGAAGAGCUGGAAGAACAAGCGCAGCCUGCGUAUGGCGAGUGAGCUGGAGGAGAUUAAAUGCCGCAAAGCGAAUGAAAGAGAGGACCGCAGUUUAGGUAGCCAGGGGUUUGUCUAUGUUAUGGCCAACAAACAGCCUCUGUGGAAUGAAGCCACACAGGUCUACCAGCUGGACUUUGGAGGGCGAGUCACCCAAGAGUCAGCAAAGAAUUUUCAGAUAGAGCUGGAUGGUAGACAGGUGAUGCAGUUUGGGCGAAUAGAUGGGAAUGCCUAUAUAUUGGAUUUCCAGUAUCCUUUCUCAGCAGUGCAGGCAUUUGCUGUUGCCUUGGCCAACGUGACUCAGAGGCUGAAAUGAAUCGGCAUUAUUUAAUGUUGCUGUAGAUUAGAUUCAGAAGAAGCCACAGUGGUGUUGCUGUACACCCCUCAGCGUGAGGCUGUAGCUCGGAGAAUGUCAGAGUCAUGGUGGGCUCUGUUUUUUUUUUCUUUUUCGAAGAGGAGAUUAACAUACAAGUUGGUCCUGCACAUGCAGAUAAGACACGUCUAGGUUGGUGUUACCAGUUAAUCCAUAAUUUCUAGUUCAUAUAUUGAAUGUAUUCAAGCUAAUUUUAUUUAUUAUUCAAAUGAUAUUUACUGGAAUAAAAAAAUACUCAGUCAACCUUCAUCGGAUAAACAAAAGGUAAAGUACAUGUUGGAAUGAAUUUAUUUUAAAAGCAGUCUGGAGGUUUAGUGCCACCUGUGGUGCCAAAGACGUCUACCCACUCUUUAAAUGCUGACUAAUUAAUCUAUUUCAGUGUAUUACAAAAUAUAUAUUUAAUUUACAUUUGUGGUGUUUAUAAAAUAUAUAUAUAUCUUGAGGUACAGUGGCAUUCAAAAUUGCAAAUAAAAUUUCACUAAGCCAUACCAUAUCUGAUACAAACACUGCACUAUUUUAAUUCAGUUUUAUGUAAUUACGUAAAUGAAGUAUAAAGUUUUGUUUUGAGAAUCAAACUUAUUGUUGUUUAAAUGUGUAUUUCUAUCUUUAUUCUUCAUUCAAAUCCCAUUUUUUCAAGGAAAUUAUUUCAUUUUUAGUCUGUUUUGUUUGUAGAAUCAGUCCUAUACAUUAUGUUCAAAUUGCUGAACAUGCUUUAGAAGAAUAUAUUAAUUUUGUAACUGCAGCAUGAAGAGCUGAGUACAGUUAACUAUAGUUUGUAUAUUUUCUAUCCAUGUUACUUCUAUGAAGUGGUGCAAUGAACAUAAUAAAUCAUAUUAUUUUGGCCACAGCACUGCAAAUCAUUAUUCACAGCCAUUAUAUAUUAAUCUGACCGUUUCAUUUUUCAUGUGUAAAUUUAAACACAGUUUGUUUAUUCUCCCUUCCCCUUUUUCAAUGGCUGAACUUGUCAGUGAUGGUCUCUGUGUGCCAAAUAUAGCCAAAUGUGUUUGGCUGAGAGUAAGUCAGCAGGGAAAACAGUACAAAAUGAUCUCAUGAUGGUCUCAUACCCAAACAGAAUAAUUUGCGUACAGUAAAGAUGGAGAUCUUCUCAGUCACUCUCACUUGGCUGACUCUGUGUUGUUUUCACUGGGUGUUUAUGAUGCUACUUGAAAACUGCAUUUGAAUGUGAAGUACAGUAGUUUGCCUCCUUGGAAAUCAGUGCUGCUUUAGAUAGAUAGAGCUUGUGUGCAGUAACGCUACCUACAUAGAACCGAUGUUGUACUUGCAAAAGAAAAUAUAACGCUGCUUGCACUGUGUAUUUAGUAAGUGACCUAACAUCAUUAUAUGCUUAGAAAAAAAUGUGCUUAUAUGUUGCUAAUUUCAGUAAUUUUGUACUUCAUCUUUACUUUAACAUGGUACCAAGUUUUUUGAUGUUACACUUGUAGAGAAAAGAAUGAGAACAAUAAACUUGCAAAGGUAUUAAGUACAACAUAUUCAUACGUUGUUAAGAUCAACUGUUAGUAGGAGUGAGAUUUAUGUAGAUUUGGUGCUAAUGUAUAAAGAAACAAAUGUGGAAAUGUCAGGACAUUUGUCAUUUGUUAUUAGAGGGAUAUUUUAAAGAAAGUAUUUUGAGAAAGGCUACGGGGGAAAAUAGCGCAGAGAGUUGUCAUUUAAAAGCUUUUCAUCCAAUGCAGCUUCAGAGAUUCCAGCGACAGUGUGUGUCAGUUAUCAGCAAUACUGCCUAAUGAAUAGAUGGUCGCCUGAUUUUUUUUUUCUCUCUCUCUCUUAUUUUGUGAAGGAAACAAAAAUAUUAUGACCCUAGGUUUACAUUGACCUAUAGGCUGGACAAAAUGUAAUAAAAAAAUCUAUUGUUCCAAAUGUU